CGAUUCAUCUACAGACAAACGACGACAGAAGCUGGGCGAUUCAUCGGGACGAGAUUCACAAUCCGGAAGUGAGAUAUUUCAUUCUCGACUAAUUGCGAUCAUGAGUGAGGCUACCGGCCAAGACAGUAGCGAGGGUGGUCGGUGCAAGACCUCGAAGUCCGAUAAGACUCGGCGAAGCUGGACUCUGAAGGAGGAGGAGAUUUUACUAGUGUCGCUUAAAGAACUCGUUGUCCAGGGUUGGAAGGCUGACAAUGGGUUCCGAGCAGGCUAUCUUAACAAACUAGAAGUGUCAAUGCGUACCGCGUUUCCUGGCACUGAUUUAAGAGGCAUGCCCCAUAUCAAUUCUAAAAUCAGUGCUUGGAAGAAGAAUCACAACUCGCUGAGAGAUGCACUGAAGUUUAGUGGUGUGGGGUUUAAUCUGAAUGGGACUUUUAUGCUUGACUGCAAUAACGAGCAAUGGGAAAUGAUUGUGCAGCGUGAUAAUAAUGCAUCACGUAUGCGAUUCAAAAGUUGGCCAAUGUUUGAGAGUUGGAAGGAAGUCUUCGGGAAUGAUCGUGCGACAGGUGAUAAUGCUGAGGAUGUUAUGGAGGCUGUUCAUAAGAUGUACCAGGCUGACAACCUUGCGAACGGCGGUAUGGAUGGCGCACCAACUCCCACAUCCGCUGAAGACGCAUCCACCGAUGAGGCAGAGGACAGUGUUUGUCAAGUUCAGAAGGAACAUGCAGCUGCUAAAACUAAGAACAAGAAGCGCAAGGCCACAGAUGAGAAUAACAUGAUGGCUGCUGUACUUAGAGAGAUUGGGCAUGAAACCGGCGGACGUCUUGGAGAUCUAGCAACUCGUGUUGGCUACGAGUUUGAUCUUGGAAUGGCUAGGCAAACCGUCUUCGAUCAACUUGGUAAGAUCCCUGGGCUGGAUAUAAAUGAGAAGUUUGAUAUCUGUGAAAUUUUGGCCGAUAAGGUGCAGCGUUUGGAGAUCUUCAUUGGGCUGCCGGAUGAAGCUAAGCCGCAUUAUAUUGCACGUCUCCUUCAGUCACGUAGAAGUGAAAACCGUUCCCACCCUAAUGCUUAGUGGAUCUUUGCUAUCUUUUGUGAACU